UUAGCGGCCAUGGCAUCAGCUUCUCAUCGUUCUUGGUCUCUGUUCUUUGGUUGCUUCUCUAAUGGCGCCGACGUGGUUGCAGACGCUCCUCAACCCACGACGCAACUGGUUCGCCGCCCAGCACUACAAGGCUCUCACCCAGCGUCUCAAGAACUACGGGUUGCGAUAUGAAGAUCUCUAUGAUCCGAUGUACGAUCUGGACAUCAAGGAGGCGCUGGCUCGGCUCCCACGCGAGGUCGUCGAUGCGAGGACCCAGCGCCUCAAGCGCGCCAUUGAUCUCUCCAUGAAGCAUGAGUACUUGAGCAAAGAUCUGCAGGCUUUGCAGACACCAUUUAGAAGCUAUCUUGAGGACAUGUUGGCUCUUGUAAAGAAAGAGAGGGCUGAACGUGAGGCUUUGGGAGCUCUUCCUCUUUAUGAGCGCACCAUUCCAUGAGGAGUCUUUCUAAGACUUGCAUUUGCUUGCCAUUUUAAGUUGUAAUAAAUAAGACAUAGUUGGGACUAAGUUUGUUUUCUGCUUUGCUUAAAAAGUUUUUGGCCUCUAAUCUUUCAUUGCCUUAGAAACAAAUUUAUUUAAACACACUGCUUAUGUUGAAAUUCAACUAAACCACAGACAAACGGUGCUUGCUUAUGUUGAAGAGGGGAAAAACUUUCUAUUCAACCAGGAGCAGUGUGAAAGUUAUUUUUCCA